AAAUGGCACUGAGUGCAAUUGCUGAACUCACCCUCUCUUCCCUCUCAUCUCUACCUUAUCUAUCUUGUUCAUUUACUAACCAAAUAACAACAAUGACAAACCAUCUUCAAGAUCCUUUAACCAGUUGCUUCAAUCCUGGUCUAACCAAACAAGAAGAACAAGCUGAAGAAGAAAUGAUAAGCAUGCAAGCAUUGAAGAUCACAAGCACAUUGGCUUUCCCCAUGGUUUUCAAAGCUGCUUUAGAACUAGGCGUCCUUGACACCAUUGCUGCCAACGGCAAAGAUGCGUGGCUCUCGUCAAGAGAAAUAGCUUUUGGUCUACCAACCAAGCCCAAUAACCCAGACGCGCCAAUGUUGCUAGACCGGAUGCUACGGUUACUCGUCAGCCACUCGGUCUUGAAGUGUCGUAUAGUUGAAACCGGAGAAAACAAUCUAACGGGAAAGACCCAACUGGUAUAUGCAGCCGAACCGGUUUGCACGCUUUUCUUAAAACAUGGUCAUGAUCAGUCGGGUUCACUCAUGUCCAUAUUCAUGGUGCACCAUAGCCAAGUCUAUUUCGAAACUUGGACACAUUUGAAAGAUCUGAUACAAGAAGGAAAAGAUACAUUCAGUUCUGCUCACGGCAUGAGGCUCUUUGAAUACAUCGGUUUGAAUGAACAAUUCGCUUGUAUGUUUAACCAUGCAAUGUCAGGAUCUGCUACCAUGAUAAUGAAGAAGGUUUUAGAAAUCUACAGAGGAUUUGAAGAUAUUAACACUUUGGUGGAUGUUGGAGGUGGACUUGGCACCAUACUAAAUCUUGUUACUUCCAAGUAUCCUCAAAUUAAGGGUAUCAAUUUCGACUUAGAGAUGGUUUUAGCUCAAGCUCCUCUUUAUCCAGGUGUGGAGCAUGUAUCAGGAGACAUGUUUAUAGAAGUUCCAAAAGGAGAUGCUAUCUUUAUGGAAUGGAUACUACAUGACUGGGCAGAUGAAGAUUGUGUGAAGAUUCUAAAGAACUGUUGGAAGAGUCUUCCGGAAAAGGGAAAAGUAAUAAUAGUAGACAUUGUUACACCAAUAGAACCAAAACAGGAUGACCUUUUCUCCAACAUUGUUUUCAGCAUGGAUAACACAAUGUUAACCCAAUGUUCUGGUGGUAAAGAGAGGUCUUUUUCACAGUUUGAAGCUUUAGCCUCUGCAUCAGGUUUUCUUGGUUGUAAAAUCAUAUGCCUUGCUUAUAUGUGUUCUGUUAUCGAAUUCUACAAAUAGAUUCAAAGCUUACAAAGCUAAGUUCUAUCUGGGGAAAUUAUAAACUAAAUACAGGUCUUCCAUGGUUGUUGACUUGUUUAAAUAAAGAUUGGCUGCAUUGUUUUUUUUUUAAUUCAAGAUUGUUGUGUUUUUCAUUUAAGAGUGUAUUCAGCGUUUGUGUCAACAUUAUGUAAUAGUUCUGAUCAAUGUAAGACUUGUGAAUUGCGUUAAGGCGUU